AUGAAAGACAAGAAGAAAAAAUCAAAGGAGCACUUAGAAGAUGAUGAGGAAGAAGAAGUAGUAUUGGAGAAAAGGAAGAAAAAGAAAGCAUCUCCAAAAGAAGAGCCUAACAAAAGGUCCAAGUCAAAAGGUUCAGUUGAAGAUGAUGAUCAUGUUGAUAAACCUCGAAAGGAGAAGAAUAAAGGGAAAAAAUCCAAGAAGGUUUCAAAUGACAGCGAAGACGAAACAAGAGAAAAGAAGAAGGAGAAACGGAAAGGAGAUAAAUCAAAAAGCAAAACAUCUAAAAAACCAUACAACUAUCAAGAAAUUUAUGAGAGAGAACUUCUGACAUACUGCACUGAAUCCUCAGAUGAUGGAGAGGAUCUGUACCACAAGAAGAAAGUUUACGAAGUUGUAACUGUAACAGGUGAUGUCCGAGGAGCCGGAACCGAUGCCAAUGUCUUUGUAACUCUCUUUGGCGAAUGUGGGAUCACACCAAAGGUGCACCUGACCAGCAAAAGUAGAACAGCCUUUGAGAAAAACAAAACCGAUGUUUUCAGGAUCAAGACCAACAAUGUGGGGCCAAUAAAGAAAAUAAGGAUUGAACAUGACAACACAGGAAUGAGUGCCAGUUGGUUCUUGGAUCGGCUCGUGAUCACUGACAUGAACCGCCCCCACCUCCGUUUUUAUUUCCCUUGUAACCAGUGGCUUAGUAAAGAGGAAGGAGAUGGACUCUAUGUGCGGGAUCUGCUAGGAAGUUUGAACCCAAUGGAUGUACCCAAGUUAAACAAGUACAUCGUGAGUGUGUUUACAGGUGCUGUCAAAGGCAGCGGCACUGACGCUGAUGUCUUCAUCAACAUUUUUGGUGAAAAUGGAGACACAGGAGAAAGACGACUGGACAAUGACAAAGACAAUUUUGAAAGAGGAAGUGAAGACAAGUUCACAAUUGAGUCACCCAAUCUGGGACGCCUGAAAAAAAUUACGAUUGGUCACAAUAGCAAAGGAUCCUCAGCUGGCUGGUUCCUGGAUAAGGUGAUCAUAGAUGAUAUUGGAAAUAAAACUGUACAUGAGUUCCCAGUGAAUCGUUGGUUUGCACUGGAUGAAGAUGAUGGUAAAAUUCAACGCGACAUUCUGCUUGGCGGAAGUCAGACAACAGGGAUUGUUUACAAUGUUUCUGUAGUAACUGGUGACAUCAGAGGAGCUGGGACUAACUCAAAAGUACACAUCAUUCUCCACGGAUCCAAGGGUCUUAAAAACAGUGGAAAAAUCUUCUUAGAAGGCGGCCAGUUUGAACGUGGCAUAACAGACAUCUUUAAUGUGGAGCUGGCUGCCCUCCUCAGCCCGCUGAGCAGAGUUACCAUCGGCCAUGAUAACUGUGGUGUCAGUUCAGGAUGGUUCUGUGAAAAGAUUAUAGUUUACUGUGCAUUCACUGGCAUUGAACAGACAUUUCCCUGCAGAAAGUGGCUUGAUGAAGAUGAAGGGGAUGGACUGAUUGAGCGUGAACUCUAUGAAAUGGUUUCACUGCGACAGAAGAGACAGAAAAAAAAUCCAUGGUCAUUAUGGAUCUGGACAAGUGAUAUUAAGAAUGCAGGAACAGAUGCAAAUGUUUUCCUCCAGCUAUAUGGUGACAAAAGGAAAUCAGAUGCGAUGUGCCUGGACAACAACUCUGACAACUUUGAAACGGGACAAACAGAUAAGUUUAUGAUUGAACUGCCAGACUUGGGAACCAUUUACAAGCUGAGAAUCUGGCACAAGAAACGACAUCCUUUUGCUGGUUGGCAUCUGAACAAAGUGACUCUAAUGAAAUCACUAACAAAGGAGAAAUAUAAUUUCAAAUGCGGCCGAUGGUUGGAUAUCAAUGAGGAUGAUAAUGAGAUCAUACGGGAGCUGCCUGCUGAGGGGGACUGUGUUGAUGAAGUCCAACCCUUGGUGAAAUACCGGGUUAUCAUCUACACUGGCAAAGUGGGUGGCAGUGGCACAGAUGCCAAUGUCUUCAUUUGCCUGAUCGGUCUGCAGGGAGACACAGGGGACCGGGUGCUUUAUGACAGCAAGAAUAAUGUCAACAAAUUUGAGAAGGGCAAUGCAGAUGAGUUUAUCAUUGAGGCAGUAAGUCUGAAGAAAGUGACGAGGGUGAGAAUAGGACAUGAUGGGAGAGGUGGAAGUUGUGGCUGGUACCUAGACAAGGUGGUCGUCAAAGAGGAAGGAGCUCCAGAGGUGCAGGCUGUGGAAUUCCCGUGUUACAGGUGGCUGGAUAAAGGUGAGGAUGAUGGCCAAAUUGUUCGAGAGCUGGUUCCACUUGGAGAUGCUCAGAUGCUUAAAAAUAUCCGUUACCAUGUUAUAGUGAAGACAGGCAAUGUGUCUGGAGCUAGCAGUGAUUCAAAAGUUUUCAUCAAACUGUAUGGAGAGAAGGGAGAUACCAGCAAGCAUUCUCUAGCCAUCUCCGACAAUGACUUGGGAAAUUACUUUGAACAAGGCCGUGUGGAUGUUUUCACUAUUGACACAAUGGACAUUGGAAAACUCAACCGUUUGUUGAUCGGACAUGACAAUGUGGGACUACGAGCUGGUUGGUUCCUGGAUAGCGUCCAAGUUAAGGUUCCUGUACAUGGGAAAGAGUACAUGUUCCCUGCUCAUCGAUGGCUGUGCAAGGACGAGGCAGAUGGCAAGACGAAGAUUGAAAUAUAUCCCAGUGAGAUCACAGAUAUUGAAAAAUUGAUCAACUACGAAGUAGCGGUAUGCACAGGGGACGUCACUGGAGCUGGCACUGAUGCCAAAGUCUUCAUCCAGAUAUACGGAGAGCUUGGAAAGACAGAAGUAAUCCGCCUCCGAAGUCGGUCAGACAAUUUUGUGCGAGGAGCGACAGAAAUGUUUAAGAUCGAGGCCCAGAAUGUCGGCAGGUUGAUCAAACUCCGAAUUGGUCAUGAUGGAAGUGGCUUAGCUCCAGGCUGGUUCCUGGAAUCAGUCACAAUCAGUCGACUAAACUUCAGGGUCAUGGAUGAUGACAAGAAGAAGAAGAAAAAGAAGAAGAAGGUUGAGAAGGAUGCUGAUGGCCUGCAAAAUGAGGUAGUGGAGACCUACAUCUUCAACUGUCAGCGCUGGCUUGCUAGAGAUGAAGGGGACAGAGAACUCGUGGUGGAGCUCUUGCCAGAGGAAUACGAUGACCUGGAAGAAAACUCAUACACAGUUCAUGUAAUUACCGGAAAUGUCAUGGGCGCAGGAACAGAUGCCAAUGUCUUCAUUAACAUGUAUGGUGAGACAACAGACACUGGAGAACGUUGCCUAAAGAUGUCAAACCAUCUCAACAAGUUUGAAAGAGGACAGGAAGAUAUAUUUUUGAUCAAAGCCAUUGACCUUGGUGUAUUAAGGAAACUACGCAUUCGACAUGAUAAUACGGGAGGAAAUGCUGCCUGGUUUCUGGACAGGGUGGAAAUUGUUGAUGAAAAGGAUGACACUACGUAUUUCUUCCCUUGUGAACGAUGGUUAGCUGUUGAUGAAGAUGAUGGCCAGAUAGCAAGAGAGCUUGUUCCUGUAGAUGAGGCAUUCCUGAACAAAGAUUCAGACAGAACAGAUCAAUCUCAGGCAACACUUGGCCUUGAACAGAAAGCUCAGUCCACCACCUACACUGUGAGGGUAAAAACUGGGGAGAAGAAGAAUGCUGGGACAGAUGCCAAUGUGUUCAUCACCCUGUUUGGUGAGAAGGAUGACACAGGAAUUGUCAACCUCAAGGCGUCGAAAACUUACAAAAAUAAGUUCGAGAAAGGAAAUAUUGAUGAAUUCACUAUCGAGGCUGUGGACAUUGGACCACUGAAAAAAAUCCGAAUUGGACAUGAUAAUCGUGGAGGCUGUGCUGGUUGGUUUUUGGAUUGGGUAGAAAUUGAUGCCCCAUCACUUGGACAAAUACUGCACUUCCCAUGUGGACGUUGGUUGGAUAAAGCUGAGGAUGAUGGAUAUAUAGUACGGGACCUCUUCCCUGCAGAUCUACAAACUAAAGACUAUGUUCCAUUUGUUCCAUAUGAGAUCACUGUUUACACCUCUGAUAUUUAUGGAGCUGGCACUGAUGCUGAUGUCUUCAUCGUCCUUUAUGGAAGAGAUGGCGUUUGUACCCAUCAGAAGUCUUUAUGUGUUAACAAGCGGGAGCGAAAGAUGUGCUUUGAAAGAGGCGCUGUAAAUAAGUUUGUUGUAGAGUUGGAGGAUGUUGGUGAGUGCAUCGAGAAGAUUCGAAUUGGACACGAUGGUCGAGGCAUCAACUCUGGGUGGCACUUGGACCGUGUGGAAAUCCGACGACUCCUGCAGAAGGGGAAGGGCUCAGCGACAAUUAUUUUCCCCUGUGAACGCUGGCUGGCAAAGUCCGAAGAUGAUGGAGAAAUCAUCCGAGAGCUGGUGCCUUUGGAGAUCAUUCAAAAGAAGCUGCUGAAAGAUGGGACACUGAAGCAUAGUGAGUCUACAGUGGACGAUGCCCUGGAAAUUUACUACCUGCUGCUUUACAUGAUGAGAGGUUAUGAGGGAGAUCGAUCAAGUAUUUACAGUUCUGCUAAAAGCUUACAUGGUUCCUCGUUGAGUGUCCGAAACAUCAACAAUAGUGCUCUAACCAAGAAGGGUAAACGGAAAAGCAUUAUUGAAGACACAGUUGAGGAAGGACCUAACAUUCCUUACCACGUAACAAUUACCACAGGCCAGGAAAGAGAUGCUGGUACCAAUAGCCGUGUAUAUAUCAUUAUCAUGGGACCCAUGAAGAUUCACACUUCACGAAUGUGGCUGGAGCUUCCUGAAGGCAAAAAUGCAUUUCUUCCAGGAUCCAUGGAAAAGUUUCAGGUGAUGGGGUUGGACGUUGGCGAGAUUAAGAAAAUUGAGUUGGGUCACGAUGGUGCCACUCCAGAGAGUUGCUGGUUAGUGGAGGAGCUGGAAAUCUCAGUGCCUACUAAAGGUGUCAUGUAUGUCUUUCAUUGCAAAUGCUGGCUUGCCAAAGACCGGGGUGAUGGACUGACAGCACGGGUGUUCAACAUCCUCGAUGCAGAAGCUGUCCAGAUUGGACAUAAGAUCUCUUAUGAAAUAACUGUGGUUACUGGUGACGUCCAAAAUGGUGGGACAGAUGCCAACAUUUACAUGUCUGUCUUUGGAGCCAAUGGAAGCACAGAGGAGAUGUUACUUGAUAAAAAUGGAGACAGAUUCGAAAGAGGCCAAGAGGAUACCUUCUCCAUGGUGAUUGCAGAUAUUGCUCCUCUCCGGAAAAUAAGGAUUCGCACUGAUACUAAAGGAUAUCGUCCCGACUGGUUCCUGGAUAAGAUUAUCAUGCUGAACCAGGCCACCCAGGAAGUGACCACAUUUACCUACAAUGACUGGCUGUCCAAAACACGGGGCACCAAGAGAUCAACUAUCUGUGAGCUUGCGGCAGUGAUUGACGAUGAAGUGAUGAUGGAGAAUACCACCUACAUCAUUACUGUAAAAACCAGCGACGUUUCAGGGGCGGGAACUGAUGCCAAUGUAUCCCUUAUCAUCUUCGGAGAGCACGGUGACACUGGCACCCUGGCACUGAAACAGUCUAAUAAUUCCAACAAGUUUGAGCGGAAAUCCACGGAUAUUUUUAAGUUCACAGAUAUGUUAAGCCUGGGUGACCUGUCUAAGGUCCGAAUUUGGCAUGACAACAAGGGACCAGGAGCUGGCUGGCACUUAGAGUAUGUUGAAGUAAAGGAUGAAGCCAUGGAGGAAACGUUCCGAUUCCCCUGUGACCGCUGGCUUGCCAAAAGUGAGGAUGAUGGGCAGAUCAUCCGUGAACUCCCCUGCGCCAAUAAUGACAUUUUGGAACCUUCGGACCGCACACGCUAUGAAAUCCUCACUGUGACUGGUGAGGGGGAUGAUGCUGAGACUAAGGAAAAUGUCUGGGUUAUGUUUGAAGGGAAGAAAGGAAAAUCCAAAGAAUUCACACUGGAAAACUCCUCCAAGAAAAGAAAAUUCCUGAGAGGUGCUAAGGACAAAUUUGAAUUUUCUUCAAAGAACGUUGGUGAUAUAGCAACGAUCUGUGUAGGUCACUGUCCACGAGAUGUAAGGAAAUUUACUUCAAAAAAUGCUGUGGAAUGGCAUGUUAAGGAGAUUAUUGUUACAGAAAAGGAACUUGGUAACAAGUAUGUGUUCCAAUGUAAUGCAAGAAUAAAGCUGAGCCAUAAAAAAGAUGAAUUCAAGGCCUUUGAGUGUACAAAAAUCGUGGAGAGCUUUGCCAGUAAAGUCCGCAGUUUAGUACCUGUUAAAUAUGAGAUUAUUGUCAUCACUGGAGAUGUAAAAGGUGCUGGAACUGAUGCCAAUGUAUCCAUCACCAUUUAUGGAACGAAUGGGGACUCAGGCAGUCGCAGAUUGAAGCACAAAUUCCGGAAUCUGUUUGAGCGGGGCAACACGGAUCGGUUCAUUCUUGAAAUGUUGGAUCUAGGAGAGUUACAUAAGGUGAAAAUUGAGCAUGACAACAGCAACGCAAAUGCAGGCUGGAUGCUGGAACGUGUCGAGAUCACCAACACCGCCACAGGAGUGACGACCAUCUUCCCAUGUGGCAAAUGGCUGGACAAGAAAAAAGGAGAUGGGCAAAUAUUUAGAGAACUAUUCCCAAAAUAUUAACUUGUGUCAAGAACAUUCUCCCCUUUUCGAUGUUUUCAACUCCUUGCCGGAAGGUGCUGAUUCUUGUUGUGGAUUGGUUCCACAGAGACCUUACAACAAUAGUACACUUUC